UUCAUGAGUUUAGACAUAGGAGAAACUUCAAAAAUGGCGAUGGAAGCGGCUCCAACUUCCCCGCAACUGACAAACUAUGCUGCGCAGAAUACCGCGACAGUCACUCACACGGUCCCUGCAUCGCAUACAACUGUAAAUCUCAUUCAGCCUGAUCAGGGAAAAGGUCUCUAUAUCGUCGAUCCUUCCCAGCAACAUGCCUUACAAAUGUUCGGAAGUCCUGAUCAGAGAACGUUUAUGGCGAACCCCGUUGAAUUUAAUCCUACGGCCGGAACAAUAACCACAACCGCUGUUUCUAAUGGAAAUGGACAAAUAACCAUGAUGAAUGGCCAGGCUCUUGGAGCUCAGAGACUUCCAGUUGCCAUGGAAACUUUGGAUGAACCCCUUUAUGUAAAUGCAAAGCAGUACCAUAGAAUAAUAAAAAGACGGCAAGCAAGGGCAAAGCUUGAAGCUGAGGGAAAAAUACCCAAAACUCGAAAGAAAUAUCUCCAUGAGUCAAGACACCAGCAUGCAUGCCGAAGACGUCGCAGCAAUGGUGGUAGAUUUAUAACAAAAACAAAUGAGGAUGGGACAAUUGUUCAAGAGGAGGACACUGGAGAAGGUCAGGUUUAUCAGGAAGGGAUGGUUCCAACACAAGAACACAGUGCCCAAGAACAUGCCUACAGCAAUGUUGUUCCUGCUCCUGAAUCAAACAGAGUGCAGAUGACCCCCCAAGGCCCUGAGCAAACAGAAUAAGAUGCUGUUUUUUUCCACAGUACAGAGUACUAGAUGAUAGUUUUAUGGAUUGUUUUCAUUUGAUGUAUAGUUGAGUAUUGUGCAAGUGACCCAGAUUUUCAGAAUGUAAAUACCAGUACACUUGAGCUUGUAGCUAUCAGUUAUAUAAUGUAAUACUUAAAACAUCAAUAGGAAGCCACUGUGUACCACAGGAAAGCAUUGAACUUAAAAGCAUUGUUAAAAACUAUGAACUUAAGUCAGCUUUAAGGUAGACAAGAGUAGAUAUGGAUGUCCAUCAGUUUUUUUAUGAUAUGAAUAAACCUUAAAAGCUUUAACCCCCUGAGGUGAGAACUUGUAACUUUUCUUUAUAGUAUCAUUAUGCUUAGUUAUCCUUGUGCAAAAGGCAUACUUUUCUGAAAGAAAACCAGCUUUUUAAAGAUCUUGUAGCCUCUCAUUUGAUUAGUGAAUGCAGGCUAAGUCAUGUUGUGACUUGUUUCAAGAAACAAUUUUAAAUUUCUUCAAUCUGUUUGUUAGAUGGAUCUGUUUAUUAGAUUUAUCUAUUGUCAGCUAGCAGAUGGAAACAAUCACUGGCCUGUUGCCUAGCACAUGCUAAGCUCACAGUUAGUUGUGAUAACUGAAAAAGUUGGUGAGCAAAGAUAUAUCUAGGGUGUGGAGAAAAGUGAGAAAAACUUGACAUGUAAGAAGUUUUUCAAAGGUACACAAUCUCCUGACUUAGCCUUUGAUUGGUGUAUUUACAUCAAGAACUUGUACUAUCAUCAUUCACUCUGCCUGAUUGGUGAGAGUUAGUCAAAUGGCAUGUAUUUUAGCACAACAACUGGCUUUCCUUUUGCAGAAGGGCAAGGUGAAAAAUAAAUUUCCAAAUCAGAUACAGGCUGUCUUUGCUUGCCCUCUUUUUAGGUUGACUGCAGUUACUAAGAUAAAGGGAGUAAGGUUUUUUAACCAUUUCAUUCCCACAAGUGACCAAGAGAUAAUUUUUCCUUACAAUAUCAAUACAAUAUCAAGCAGGCAGGUGAUGAGAAUAGAGAAGAAUAUCAAUCAUGGGAUUAUUAGUUGAUCCAAUACCAAAUUCUCUGAACUAAAAUCAUAAGAAUUGUAUGGCAGAUAGUAAGGAGAAUUACUAAUAAGGUCUUGGGAGUGAAAGGGCUAAAGAAACUAUGUCACUGCUUUGGUGGGGGGAUUACAAGGUAGUUUUCUUUUACCAACAGAGUUGCUAAAGAAAUAAAUGUAAAUUGGCCACUAUAGAGAGUUUGCUAAGCUGAUGUUUCAAGUGUUACUCCUUUUCUUUUUACUCUGACAAGAGGCAAAUACUUGAAAAAUCAGCUUUAGACACUCUCUACAAUGGCCAAUGUGCAUUAUCAACUCUGAUGAUAUAACAAAAUUAUUGCAGUUUCUAAGAGCCUGACAAAGGCUGUCUGUUGUGAAGUGGCAUCAUAGAUUUAAUUGUUUAACGAGUCCUGAUUCAGAAUAAAGGAUGGUUAAGAUGGAUAAUUCAAAUUGAUGGUAUACAAGUAAAUUGAUAUUUUAUGUAAGUAGCAUAUCACCCUAUUUAUUUUCCAGGAAGAAACCAUAUUGACUAUUUCAGUCAAAUCCAUCAAAAUUGGAGUGCAUGUUUAAUUCAAAGUCAGGCUGUUAACAACUAUACGUGACUAAAAAUAAAAUUGUAUCUCUUUGC